AUGGCCAAGUUACUGGACCAUCAAAGCCCCGCUCUUUCCAGCUAUAGCUGCCCUACUGCUGCCUUACCAACUACGCAUUCUGAAGUUCCCUCAUCUGAGCCGACAUACCUGAUGUCUCUAGACGAUGUAGACAUUGAAGAAGAUGAUCAAAAUCUUCUUUUCACUCAGUAUACUAUAGAAACUGUCCAAGCGAGUCAUUUGGUGGCCCAGACACGCGUCAAACAGUAUGCGAAGCUUUUGCAACUACUACAGCGGGAGGCGGAUGAAUGGGGGAGGAGGGUUGAGAAGGCUUCGCUUGUACUUCCAAACUUCAAGUCACGAAUUGAGCCAUUGUUAUCAGUCAAUUGA